AUGUUACAGGUUGGCGUUAGGCAUGACUCUUCAGCGAAUGGAGAGAUCGAUAAGACGAUAACGUCGGAUGGCGAACGGGCACUGUCCUUACUCAGCUGCCGUUAUGUAUCUGACGUAGUUUUGCAAGCUCCUGAGCACCCAAGUGCUGACUUUUUCAGAGCAUUCAAUGUAAGUGCCGUCGUCGUCAUCAGCAACCAUCCAGAUUUCGACCCUGAUGAAUCCAAGUUCGAGAAUGCCAAAGGGCAAGCGGACAUUGUCAGGUUAUCACUACCGAAGGACUCUGUUACUACGGAGGAACUUUGUCAGCGUGUUCUGAUGAAGAGGGAUGCCUUCGAGGCUCGCAAUUCUAAGAAAGUAGACCCCGGUGUCCGUGUGGUGACUUCAAAUGCUCAACUGCGGGCUUGA